AUGCCGUUCCAGCCCCCAAAGCUUGAGAAGUGCGUUCGUUGCGGUAAGACGGUGUACGCUGUGGAGCGAGUUGAGGCUGGCGGUCAGAUCUGGCACAAGGGCUGCUUCCGCUGCGGCCAGUGUGAUGUAGUCCUUAACUAUAAGCAAGCUGAUCAGCAACUCUACUGUGGCAAACACUAUCAGGAGAUGGUUUUGGCGAAGAAUACACAGACACCUGCCAUGUGA